AGGAGCCAAAGAAGAAACCUUAAAGAAACCCACUUGGAGGAUAAUCACAAUGACGUCACACCGCUAUCUAUCACAACAAACAUGGAGGAGUAUGCCCGUGAACCUUGCCCGUGGAGGAUAGUGGAUGACUGUGGAGGUGCUUUCACCAUGGGUGCCAUUGGUGGGGGUGUGUUUCAAGCAAUCAAGGGCUUUCGAAAUGCCCCGGCGGGAGUCGCACACAGACUGAAAGGCAGUGGAAAUGCAGUGAAGUUAAGAGCUCCCCAAAUUGGCGGUAGCUUUGCAGUGUGGGGAGGCGUCUUCUCCACCAUUGACUGUGGUUUAGUUCGCCUGAGAGGAAAAGAGGAUCCGUGGAACUCUAUAACAAGCGGUGCUCUGACGGGGGCCAUUCUGGCUGCACGCAGUGGACCAUUAACCAUGAUGGGCUCUGCCAUGAUGGGGGGAGUUCUGCUUGCUCUAAUUGAAGGUGUCGGAAUUCUCCUAACAAGAUACACAGCGCAGCAGUUUCAGAAUCCGCUUCCCUUCGCAGAGGAUCCCAGUCAGUUGUCUCCAGAGCGUGACGCGGCAGCAAAGGCUCACUUUUAGUAGAGCCACAGGGGAGGGUGCCAAUUCACUUGUCACUCAGUCCAUUCACCCUGGAACUUAUCAGCAAGUACAAAGAUGGUGAAGGGAUGCAGAGAGUGACUCCCGCUGAUGUGAAAGUCAACUUACCUCAGGUAGAAAUGACUCUGAAUUAUCACUAGGGAAGUUGUAAAUAGUUUUUUUGUGAAUCGAGACAAUAGCUAUUGACACAAAUACACUGGUGCGUUAAGAUAUGGGUUUAAAUCGUUCCAUGACUUCACGUGUAGCUCAUAUCAGCUUUCCCCAUUGAAACUCCAAAUGGAAAUGCAAUUUGCAGUCAAGAAUUAUGUGAAAUUCGAUGGUGCCGUCUAUCGGUAGAGCUCAGAAAUGCAGCUUGUCUUAAAAUUUGCCCUGCAUCUCCAAAGAAAUCGACCAAGUGUUGGAAAAGUUAGGGCGCUCGUUUAUCAACGUCAAUUAAAAAAAAAAACUUCAGAUGUAGCAUUCAUUCAUUCGUUCGUUCGUUCAUUCGUUUAUUUAUAUAUUUAUUUAUUUAUUUAUUUACUUGUUUGUUUGUUUGUUUGUGAAAUGCAGAUUGCACAUGGCAGAAACUGCCACUGGAGCCAAGGCAAUAUUUUACACUAGAAAAAGCACUUGGCACACCACGUACAAACGAACACACACACAAAAAAAGAUUAUACUUGUAUAGAAUAAUGAGCAAAUAUAUAUCAUUUAUCAUAUAAGUAAUUGACCUUUUUUUGUGAAAAUAAGGGGGAAAAGUAACAUUUGAUAAUUGAGAUCAAGGUGCAGUAUCCAGAGAAAACCCAUUGCAAGUGUGGGUCCCUCCCGGUGUUCUUGUAUGGCUUUUUUCUGGGUAGUCGGCAAACAUGCAAACUCAACACAGGGUCGUUGUUAUUUAAACAAUAGGAUUGCAACGUGAUCUUGUUUUCCUGUAUAGAAUGUUUAUUUUCUUACAAUAUUUAUUCAAGUGGCUCAAAUGAAUAAAGAUGUCAAAUGUUGGUAAAUC